UUUCCUUAGAAUAAUAAUAUCCUCUUUCUCAUCCUCAUCCUAUCUAGCUUCUAGCCUUAUCUGCUGAGACACUUGAAUUAAUGGCCAAAUCCAUCCUCUUCCUGAUCUCUCUUUUCUAUGCCGGUAGUAUUACCGUUGUCAUCUCUUCCUCCACCUCCGCCGCCACGACAAGCUUCAUCCAGGUUUCAUGCCGGGCAACAACAUACCCUACUGUCUGUGUUCAGUCCUUGGCCGGCUACGCAAGCACAAUACAGAAGAGCCACCGUAAACUGGCACACACAGCCUUGUCAGUGAGCUUGGAGCAGGCUCAGUCCACUAGAGCGUUUGUGAAUAAGCUGACCAAGUUCAAGGGUCUUAAGUCCAAGGAGAUAGAGGCCAUCCAGGACUGUCUCGAGGAGAUGAACGAUAGUGUGGACAGGAUAAGCCAAUCGGUUCAGGAGCUCAAAACAAUUGGGUCCUCCCGUGGUCAGAGCCAAGACUUCUUCUGGCAUAUGAGCAAUGUGCAGACAUGGGUCAGUGCCGCCUUAACGGAUGACACCACUUGCAUGGACGGAUUCUCAGACAAAGGGUUUAACCCCAGAAUUAAGGCUUCCAUUAAGACCCGAGUCACAAAUACUGCUCAGCUCACUAGCAAUGCCCUAUCCCUUAUUAAUCACUUUGCUGCAAAAUUCUGACCACUCAGGCCUCAGCCAGCAGCUAUCCUAUCACUAGCAAUUAAUUUUGAUGUUUUAUAAUAUUGUGAUAUAAUUACCUAUAUAAGUAAGAUUAACAAAUCAUGUGUGUUUAUAUACUCUGUCCAGCUAGUUAUUAUGUUUGUAUCAAUUAAAUCUCUGGUGCUUGCUGUUUUAUUUUGUAAUUAGAGAAGCAAAUUAAUAUAUUUAUAUAUAU